UUUUGAAAGUGUUUCCUUUUUUUUAGACAAUGAACUCGUUUCCUUUGAGAGCUAUACUAUUUUUUUUUACAGUUUUGGGAGCUACUCCUUUUUUAGCAACUUUUGAGAGCUACUCCUAUUUCAAACGAGUUGUCUACCAAAACACUAUUUUUAGCCAACACACUUUAAGGGCAGGCCGAGAACAUCUCAAAGCUAAUUACUUGGGCCGAAGUAACCAGCCCAGCCCGUCUAGCAAUCCCAUUCUUUUUCACUUGGGUCGCAGGCGACGACGACAACUAACAGCCGCCGCCGCCCGUCCCAUCCCCUUCCCAAACCCUCGACGAGCCGACCUGUGCCGCCGGCCGGUGACGGCCCCUACCGAGGGCGCCGAACCAGAGGAGGAAAUGCCGCUAGGAGGUAGCGGAGGCGAGCACGGCUACGGGGAGCCGGCAGCCGCCCGCGGAGGCCGGGACGAGGAAGAUCCAUCCUGUUCUCCGCAUCCGGCACCGUUGCCGUUGCUGCCUGGCCUCGCCGUCGUUCCCAUGGCAUCUGAGAACGAGAAGAAGAACAAGAAACUGAAGCAUGUGCGGCAGGAGGACGCUCUCAUGGAGAUCCUGUCACGGGUGCCCUGCAGGCCGCUGUGCCGCUUCAAGUGCGUGUCCAAAGAGUGGCUCGCCCUCUGCUCCUACUCCCACGUCCACAAGAGGUCGCCGCAGGCCAUGUCCGGCUUCUUCUACAAUGAUCACGACCGCCUGGCGGAGCAAGGUUGGCCCCAUGAUCAAGCUUGCAAGCUUUGCGACAUGGAUUCUGAGACAAAUGAUCACAUUUGCACGAGGCUGCCUGUUCUCUCGGGGACUGAUGGAUUGUCGCGGACUGGAAGGGCCUCCAAGUAG